UCCACUCGUUCUUUUCUUCUUCGGUCCAAGCAGCUGUGUUGUACUGCUGAAGAGCUUUUUGAAACUGUCUUAAAGGCAAAAAAAAAAGGCUAUAAAUUGGACCUUCUUCGUACACUUGAAUACAACUACUUGAAUCUACACGACUUCUUUACAUCUCCUUUCUUCACUUGGAACAAAUUGUCAUCAUGUCUCAGCAGCAGAUCAGCCUCCCAGCCAAGCUCAUUAAUGGUGGUAUUGCCGGCAUUGUUGGGGUCACUUGYGUCUUCCCCAUUGACUUGGCAAAGACCAGAUUGCAGAACCAAAGAAGUGGGCAGCAGGUCUACAAGAGCAUGAUGGACUGCCUUAUCAAAACUGUUCGAUCAGAGGGAUACUUUGGAAUGUACAGAGGCGCAGCAGUAAAUUUGACCCUAGUAACCCCCGAGAAGGCCAUCAAGCUGGCUGCUAAUGACUUCUUCCGUCAUCACCUCGCCAAGGAUGGAAAGAGGUUGACUGUGUUCAAAGAGAUGCUGGCAGGUUGUGGUGCAGGCAUGUGCCAGGUUGUUGUCACGACCCCUAUGGAAAUGCUCAAGAUACAGCUGCAAGAUGCAGGGAGGCUUGCAACGCAACAACAAAAACCAGUCAUGGUGUCGCCCACAAAGCUCGUGACCACAAAUGCUGUGCUCGCCCGCUCCUACAACUCUGGCACUGUGGCGUCGGCACCGAGGGCUGUUUCUGCCACACAGAUUGCAAAGGAGCUUCUCCACACCCAGGGCGUCCAGGGUCUCUACAAAGGUCUGGGCGCAACACUAAUGAGGGAUGUUCCCUUUUCUGUUGUUUACUUCCCAUUGUUUGCUAACUUGAACYGCCUGGGCAAACCUAGUCCUGAAGAGCCGUCCCCCUUCUACUGGGCAUUCCUCUCAGGCUGUGCUGCAGGAUCUACUGCUGCAGUCGCUGUCAAUCCCUGUGAUGUUGUGAAGACCAGACUGCAGUCCCUAAACAAAGGGGCGAGUGAGGAGAGUUAUGAAGGAGUUCUGGAUUGUGUAAGUAAAAUAAUGAGGAAGGAGGGACCCUCUGCCUUCCUGAAGGGUGCCGGCUGCAGAGCCCUGGUCAUCGCACCUCUGUUUGGAAUUGCACAGGUCAUGUAUUUUGUUGGUGUUGGUGAAUAUAUCUUGGACAACUUCCCUCUCAGCUUCAUGUCAGUGUGAGCUCAUACUGUCUGGCUGAAGAUGCACAGSACCUGAUGGACAACUGGCAGCUGCAUCCUCUUAAGCCCCUUUCAUAAGUCAAAUCCGCGCAAUCGCCGCACAGACCAGUCCGGCUUUAAGCCUCCCCGAGUCAUUCAUAAGACCACAGGUGAAGGCGGGCAGGUCCCGCUCACAUGUACGUAUUCAUAAAUGAACCCGCAGCGCGCAUCCAAAAGAGGCGUGGAGCAGAACUCAGCUGGGCUGAACUGGACCGCAACGUAUUUAUUGUGGGACAGACGCCUGCUGCGUCGUAUCAAACAAAACAACUGAAUUAGCUCACUUUAGUGAUUCUGUGGCGGUUAAAUAUUUUUUAAAAUAAUUAUACAAAGUUGCUUUUUUUGUUUGUCAUUUUUGAUAUUCCCUCCGUAAAAUCUAUAGAUUAAUCCUCCGCCGCUCACUGGCUGCUGCGUCGUAUCAAAAAAUAAGAAAAUAAAAAGAAGAAGAAAAAAGACUUAAAAUUAGCUCAUUAUAGCGAACCUGUAGCUCAAUAUUUUAUAAACUAACCAGCUGCAAAUUUGAUUUUCUGUGUCGUCUUUAAUAUUCCCUCAGUAAUAAAUCUCCAGCUGCACUGACGUCUUCCUGUCAAACACACACACACACGCACACACACACACACACACACACACACACACACACACAGUUCCUCCGCUGCUCACCGCUCUGCCUUAUCAGAGAGAAAAAACAAAACUAACUUUUACAAGUUGCUGUUUCGUGUCAUUUUUAAUAUUCCCUUGUUAUUAAAUCUGCUUGUUGAUUAAUCCCGUGGUCGCUCAUGGAUGUCAUCAUAUUCUGAGCGCUGAUCUGCGGGUUGCUUUCACAAGUGGGUCUGCCUCGGGUCCGGCUCUUCUGCUCGCGGAUCGGGGCGCAUCAGAGGCGAGUAAAAUUAACUCGCUUGUCCGCCUUCGUGUUUUUUCUGAAUGCUCGUUGGAGGACUGAACACGCAUCAGGCCCGGACUGAGCCGUCUUAGGAAAGGGGCUUUUGUUUACAAGAGCCAAAAUAAAGACUGAUGAUCUGCACGGUCCAACAACUGUGUUGCACUUAAACACUUUUACAAACCCGUCAAGUCGAUGGAGGCCAUUGUUUUGCACUUAAAGCUGUUGGCCUUCUUUGGUUGGAGACUCAGAAAAAUUAAUCCUUCUUUGUCUUCAGUCACAUUCAGAUUCCCUCUGUGAGGGAGGGAGCUCAUUCAAAGACAGACCUAUUUUAGUAUUACUUUCUUUUGGUUUUUUUGUAUGUCUAUACUAUUUUUUUAUAAGUACAGUUACCUAUAAUUAUUUUAUUUUAUAUUUUUCUCUUUUCCCAGUUACCAUAACUGUUUCAUUCUGCAUWGCCUUCAAUUUGGAGCUAGGAGUUGUAACGAGACAACAUAAGGGGUCUAGUUUACACAACUUAUUAGGAAAUUUCUUUUAUUUUUAUUUUUUUUGUAAUAUACUGUUUUCUCUGUUGUUUCAUUUCCCUAAGCUUGAACCUUCCUAUUGGCAUGGGACCACUUCAUUUAUUAAAUCAUCAUGUGUCCUUGUGUAUAGUGGUCAUAGAAUUAGUGGGCUAAAAGCUGGAGUGUUUCUAUUUUUUCCUUCUUGAAAAACUUGACUUUGUAUGUGUUUGUUUGUCUAUAUAUUACUUGAAAUAUACAUGCAUACCAUCAGUUUCAGUCAUAUAUAAUUUCUACUUUAUGCUGUAAAUGGAGCAGAUUUUAUCUGUUUCUAAGAAGCAUUUUUUUUAACCUGAAAUAAACAUUGAUACUGUGAAAGUUGAUUGUUACAUUACUGUUAUUUGGGGUGAUUUUUGUAUACUUGAUAUUCAUUAAAUUCAUAUAUCAA